AUGCCCGACUCUUCAAACUUACCAACCCAACGUUCGGUGGACUCGGUAAGCAGUGUAGACUUUAGCACCAAGAGCACCGAGGCGAAAAUAACCUCGUACAUGUGGUACAUCCACGUGCUGGUGCGAGUGAACACAGAGGACCGCCUGAGGGGCAACCUCGCCCCCUUUCUGGGUCAAGAAACAAUAACAACAACCGCCGCCGCCGCCGCCUCACCUCCUUAUUCGCCCUCACUCGAUCUCGGCGACAUUACCAGCGGCGGUGGCGGCGGCAGUGCGCUUGGCCACGAGGGCGACGGAUCACGCGCUGCGAACAAGAUGGACGACCUCACCGAUUACCUGAUCCUGCGGUACUUCUCGCGUGUGAUUCUGGAGGAGCUCGUUGACACGGCGCCAGUCAAAGAGCACACGGACGGCUACGCCCAGGUGCUGUCGGGCAUCCCCACGCACUUCCGCGAGGAGUUCUGCCGCCGGCUGUACAGCCUGCUUUUCAGCAAGCGCAUCGUGGAGUGGCCGUCAGGGAUCGACGUGCCGGAGCCGGCCCCAGAGAUAGCUGCUUCUGCUACAGCCUCGGCAGGUACUGACCCUGAAGCGGCCCCAGGUGACAACAAAUCUGACACAAGCCGCGUCCGCAUCAAGGAGGAGGAGCAGGAGGAGGAAGACUCAGAGGGCAUUGAGCCAUGGCCUACGACUGAGGAUGAGAACAUGUCCGACGACGACCAAUACCAUGUCGAAGACGAGAGGCGAUCGAGCCCCGGCUAUCAGUCCAGGUAUCGCUCCGCCAGCCCCUGGCCCGACACGCCAUCACUCGGGUACAGCCCAGGGCUGGCGAGGGCUGCCUACUUCGGGACGGCCAGCUCGCCUCUGCCGAUGAACUAUUUCAGCAAUUGGCGACUCAGCAGGAACGGGUACGGGCCCGCCCGAGACGCAUACGCAUACGCAGGUGCAGGUGCAGGUGCAGGCCGCGGCGAGGGCCUGCUGCCACCAUCGCGGGACGCGAACCAGCAUCAUCAGCAGCCUGUGCCUCCACAUACCACGCCUCAGGAUCGACCGGUCUCGCUGGUGGACUCGGGACGUGGCCAGCCCCAGAGCCACAGCCAGCAGCAACAGGUCAGCCACACCGGCUCGUACUGUCCCUGCUGUGUAAGGGAGGCUUGGUGGGACGGCGAGGGAGCACAACGAUAA